AAACGACGCUAUGCAACGUGCCUUUCUUAAACAUCUGUACAAGUCCAGAUGUAAGCUACAAGAAGAAGACAAUACUAUGAAAUUCAUAGAAUCAGGUGUGAGGGAUUUUGUCGCUAAAACAUGUAAACUGGUCGGAGAAGCAAAGCCAAUUUUCCAAAUUUCGCAAAUCAUUCCCUCAGGAAGCUUUUAUGAAGGGACAAAAAUUGGAAGAGCGGACGAGUUUGACUUCAUGGUCAUUUUAAAGGGACUAUCUGAAGCCGACAAAUUAAUACUGCAUAACGGGUGUAAUCCUUGGUAUACAAGGCUUCAACUAAAAAGGGGUAUUCACUUUGGCCAGAGAUAUAUGUGUAAUUGCCACAUGAACAGGGAAACGUAUGGAAACUAUUUAGGGAAUCCACAAAUACUUGUGGCCGAUUUUUGGAGUAAUAUUUCAUCUGUAUCCAAAUCGGAUCUAUUUUGUAGAGAAAAUUCAGAUGGAAAGUUGUGCUCAAAAGUUAAUGAAAAACAAAAAUUACUGUUUAAAUAUACCGAAAAGCCUUUAAUGUCGCAAUCGGAGUCUACAGAGGCUGGCCUAGUUCCUUUGAAUGAUGUAACCAUUGGAGUGGACAUGAUGAUGGCUAUAAAACACCCAUCUCCAGAAACCAUAGCCUCUCAGCCUUCUUUUCCUUCACAAUUCAAAGAAUUGCUUCUCACACAUGGCUGUCACAUCAUCACGAAAUCCUGCCAUAUCGAACAUUUUCCACAGCCAACUUGUUGGUUUAUUACUUUCUCAGCACUAGAACUGGAAUUAAUGAAAAAUAUGGACACACAUCACAAAGAAUGCUACAAAAUUUUGAAAUCUUUGAUGAUUGGGGAGAUUAAUUUUCCAGGAAAAUGCAUGAAUUUGUCAUCAUAUGUUCUUAAAACGGCUUUUUUAUUCCAUGUCUACGGGACAAACAAAUGCACACAUUCAAGAUUUGACGCAAAGUGCAUAAUUGAAGUUCUGAACUACCUUGCUAACUGCUUGUUUCAUUUUGAUAUGCCUUGCUUCUUUGCGAGAGAUAUGAACACAUGGGGUUACUUGUUCGAAGUUCCUUGUUUUAUAUGGCCUGAGUUUAGUACUGGCAAAUAUCCAAAUGAAAUUGUUACCUUUGCUCUUUGCUGGAUGAAAAUGUGGUAUAAAAUUGUCCUAUUCAUAAAAGAGGCGAUUUCAAAGGAAAAUAUUAAUAAAAAAGCAAAAUGGAUGGUGGUUACAGACAAAUGUGAUUAUAUUAAAGGGGUAAUAUUUUAUGUGCUUGAGAGAUAUUCCACUAGUUCACUUACAGAGGUGUAUAAAGGACAUUUGCCAGAAACAGACAUCGCUGAUCUUACUCUUGCUUCCUGCUCUGAAGAAAAAUUCACGGAUUACAUUCAAAACAUGAAAAAACAUCACAAUAUACAGCUAGAGAUGCUGUUGUAA